AUGCCCUGUCCACCAGCGACACGAAGGGUUGGGCCGAUUCCGACACAUGCCCGAACCGACGGCGGGCCGAUUUGCCCACCUGUGGAUUGCCAGGACUGUUCGCAUUGCCCAGACUACACUCAGGGAGGAUAUAUUCAUCGUCCCGUGCCCACACACGCCAAGGAUAUUCAAAUUCCGCAGCCAAAGUAUUCUGGUGACGUUCAGCCGAAGCCCGCAUUCACACAGGCUUACGAGCAUGUUGAUUGCCCCCCAAAUGACGGAGAUGGCUCAUCACCUUGCCCCAAGCACAGCCAGGCGAAGGGGAUGUAUCGGCCGGUGCCGACGCAUGCCAAGGAUAUCCACCACCCUCAUAUCACGCCUGUGAUGCCGGUCGCGCCACAGUACCACCCAAAAGGCGGCGAUGGGGCAGCAAUAGAGGACGGCAGCAAAGAAGCUGGCAGCGUUCCGGGUGGUGGAUUCACGCCAGGGCAUGGAAGUGUGCCAGGAGGCGGCAGUGUCCCAGGCGUCCCAGGCGACAGUAUCCCAGGUAGUGGAUACACUCCAGGGCAUGGAAGCGCUCCAGGAGGCGGCAGUGUCCCAGGCGUCCCAGGCGGUAGUAUCCCAGGUAGUGGAUACACUCCAGGACAUGGAGGCGCUCCAGGAGGGGGCAGUGUUCCAGGCGUUCCAGGCGACAUCAUCCCAGGUAGUGGAUACGCGCCCGGUCAUGGAAGCGUGCCGGGAAGCGGCAGUGUCCCGGGCGUCCCAAGCGACAGUAUCCCAGGUAGUGGAUACGCGCCUGGCCAUGGAAGUGCGCCAGGAAGCGGCAGUGUCCCGGGCGACAGCAGUCCAAGCGGUGGACGUGUGCCAGGGAGCGGGAGUAUCCCAGGAGACGGCACCAUUCCAAGCGACAGUAUCCCAGGGAGCGGCAGGAUCCCAGCAGGUGAAACUAUCCCAAGUGACAGUAUCCCAGGCGGCAGCAGCGCUCCCGGCGGCGGCAGUGCUCCCGGUAGCGGCAGCGCUCCCGGCGGCGGCAUUGUCCCAGGCGAUGGAUAUUUACCGGGUAGCGACGGUGCCCCAGACAGUGGCAGUGUCCCUGGCGGAGAUGAUAAGAGCUCGGAGCAUGCAACCGUCGGCACGGCUGGAAGGACAGCUAUAUCUCGCUUCAGCUUGGUUGCUACGGCGGCCGCUGGCUUCUUCCUGCUUCUGUAA